AAUUUUUUGUGCAACAAAAGUGGGCCACAAGAGAGGGAAGGUUGAAAACAACUGAUCUAGAUACUCUCUAUCAGGUUAGAGUUGGGUGUACGGUUUGAACUGAAUAUCGUCACGCUAAUAACCGAAUUGCGGAAUCUAUUUAAACCAUGGCGUUAAAAAUAAGAGUAUAUUUCGUAGUUCUGGCCUGUGUGUUGCAAUAUAUCGGUAUUGAAGCUCAAUCUUCAAAGUCGGUACCUCUUCCUACUGGUGGAGAAUCGUGCAAUGUUAUCAACCUCCAUUGUGGCGCCGGACAUAAUCAACCAAACGAAAGAGAAUUAGAAAGAAACCCGGGAUCUCCAGGGAAACGUGGACCGACUGGCCCGGCUGGAUUGGCCGGAAGUAAAGGAGACCAGGGAAUGAAAGGCGUCAAAGGGGAGACAGGCCCAGAAGUGAAUGUUACAAAACUGCAAACAAAAAUAAUGAAAAUGCUUGGGGCAAAAAGUUGUAAAGAACUGAAUGAAAUACACGGAAUGACGGAACCUGGUUACUAUCUGAUGCGGUCUGAAGGACGUAAUCAGCCUAGUUAUGUCUAUUGUGAUUUUCGCGUUUACGAAGGUGUGACAAAUUGUAAUGGACUUCUGGAACGAGGUGUGCGAUUUAAAUCGGACGAAAUUGCGAACUUUUUAACGAGAAGGAAUCAAGCAGCUGCCAUUGAAGAGAUAAGUUGCAGCAAUAUAUUCACAACCUGUCAUGAACUAAGGCAGCGUAACACAACUAUAACAUCUGGAUUUUACACAUUACAUUCGCCCACAAACCAUCAGAAUACAUUUCGAGCUUAUUGCGAAUUUACAAGAGGAAAAGCAAUCACCGAAGUUCGACAUGCUCGAAUGGAAGAAAUACAGUCAACUCAAUCCUCUUGUAGCGGGCAAAAAGGUUGCUAUUCCUGGAUUCCGAGAUACAACUUGAAUCGAGAGCAAAUUAUCGGAAUUAUCAAACAAUCAAGUGAAUGCAGGCAAUUCAUGAAGGCAAGAUGUGUUGAAACCUUUUUAUUGCGUAGCGGCUAUGCUUGGUGGGUUUCCAGAGAUGGAGAAAGAAUGAAUUAUUGGGGAGGAGCCACAUCGAGGAGAGAUGAAUAUUGUGCUUGUGGAGAGACUGGCACCUGCAUUAACAACAGUUAUAAAUGUAAUUGCGACACAAACAGUGCAACUCAGGGCACAGAUGAAGGCUAUCUCACUGAUAAGACAAAAUUACCUGUGAAAGAACUUAGAUUUGGUGAUUUGGAUCACUCUAUCGAAUUUAUAUGGCACACGCUUGGCAAGCUCGAAUGCUGGGGUGAAGCCUAAGUCGUUGAAGAAUUGGAUUCUCCAUUUUGUACAUAUGCACAUCAGCCACUUGACAUCUUCAAAGAAACCAGAGCUGUGGAUAAAUUGCCUCAAGAGACAUCUCUCAGCCAAUCAAAGUCUAAUAUUGUUCAACAAUAACUUCAAGUCCUGCCCAAAGACUGUAGACUAGGGCAACGUUCCCCAACCUUGUUGGGGAAAACCUUGAAGGAACUAAUUUUAUUUUCUUGUAAAUUUUAUUGUGUUUUUGUAUUUGGUAUUGAAAUGCUGGUCAAUGGUAAUUGUAUCUAUGGGAAGUAUCGCAGCUUAAAAUCUUGGAAGCAUUUAUUUUGGUUAAGUGAAGCCACGCCACGAUUUUAAAAACUCACUGCUGGCGAAUAAGCGCAGCUUUCUCACUUUGAAGUAAUGUCUGAGGAAAUAAAUGUCAUGUAUUCCGUUCGAAAAACAGUUUGAAAACCACUGAACUAGGGUACAGACUUUGAAUUCUAGAAUAAAACUCUCUGAAUUUUUGAAAACAUCACCCUGGGUAGUAGAAAAUAACCAGGCUUGUCCAUCGAAUUGGAAUCUCAUGGGUUUGGACAGCUCACAUUUGUAUUUCCCACGGGACACGUGGGACACGAAAUACUGUAUGAUUUGAAGUGAAUUGAUUGUAAAACAUUUUCUUAUGGACUUCGUGUCCAUAUAUUUGAGCAUAGCCCUCUUGUUAGUUAUAUUAACAAUGUACUUUGUGAAGUGGCUGAUGAACGCAUGUAUGAUAGUUUUGAAUUUAAAGUUGACGAAGUCACUAAAUUUUGUUGUUUUGCAUGUCUCUUGGUACAUUUAGUCCUAUCUAACAGACGCUAAACCUAAAUUUAAUAAUUUUAUUGAAUUGUAUUCCAAUGGGAACCCCAUGGGAUUGGAAGGGCAUAAAUUGCUAUCGGAUGGGGCAGUUAAAUAUGUCCCAUGGGCAAGCCUGUAAAUAUCACAUUAUGAAUUUGUAGCAUUGGAACAAACUUGAAUUUAGUGGAUUUUGAAACAAACUAUGAACAUUCUAAAUGUGACUGUAACUCAAGUAAUAAAUUAGUCAUAUCAUAGAAUUUGCUUUAUUUAUUUAUCUAUGACGGAGAACAGAGAUGAAUAUUACCUAUGGUGUUACUCUGGGUGUCCGACUCAGGCCAAAUUAUAGCAGCCUCCUCUAGUAUUAGAGAAAAUAAACUCCUAGACCAGACCCAUCUUGAUAAAAUUUGAAGCAAUUUUAUCUAUGAACUAAAUACCAUAGGAUUUAACAUCCAAUUGUAACGUAAAAUUUGCUAAUUGAAUCCAGGGCUGUAAGAUAUGAGAAAUUUUACAUCACACAGCAUACCGUGUUUCCCCAGAAUAUAAGGGUACUCCCGUAGUAUGUGAACCAAGAUGGCGGACACCGGAUCGUAGUAUGUGUACCAGGCUAGGCUAUAACUUUGGUACUCCAGUAGUAUGUGAACCAA